CCUGAACAUCCAGUAAUUUGCAACAGGAGACUGCACCCAGAGGAUGGAUAUUCAAAAACAGACGCUCUUCACCCCAGAACCACAUUAUAUACCUGGAUAUACAGGAUACGCUCACACAAUCCCAUUCCGUUUCGGUAAGACUUACGGGAGGAUAACCCACGAUAUCCUGAAGAAUCCGAAAACUGCUCAAGCUGACCACACACUCCUGUCACCUACCACUGGGGGUCCUGACUAUCAGCCAGAAUACAGCGAUUACUGUCCCCCCGAUGUGUCGGACCAGAUCCACCCACAAAAACUUGUUCCAGGUUACACUGGUUAUGUUCCUCAAAAGGCAUUCAACUAUGGUGGAAACUACUACCAGGAGACCCUCCAGUGUGGCCUGGACUUACGGAGAAAGCAAAUGGAAUAUGCACAGAAACUUAAAGAGCCCGUGCUCAUCACUUACGUGGAUGGGAGGAGAAAGGUCGCAGUACUUGGUGAGAACAGGCCACUGAAACCUUUGGCUCCAAAUGUGGAUCCACUAGUCUGGACUCAUUUGUACAAGCACAAGCAUGAGUUCACCACCCAACCUCCUGAACUCCAGCGAAGAAAUAUCUCAGGUUACAUGGGAUUUAUUCCACACAUGGGUUAUGAGUUUGGACAUACUUAUAAAGAUCAGGCGAAGACUGCCAUGGACAAGUUUCAACGUAAACAGUAUUUAGUGAGAAACAAACUGAAAGGUUGCCCAGAGGAGCUUCCACAGCCUGAAAAUAAACUUUACACCCCCACCCCAAUGGUUCCAAAGUAUGGUGGUCAUGUGCCAGGGGCGAACUUUGACAUCGGAUCAACAUUUGGCAAGAAUUCUAGAAUUGCUCAUAGACAAAUUCACUGUCUGUAACUGCAGCCCGGAACGCAAAAUCAGGUUAUCCGAGAACUUUUGGCAUCUUACAGCAUUUGUAACUGAAGAUUAGUAAAUACAGGAAAAUACCAAAAAAGAAAGGAAAGGUAUUGCUAAGAUAAGCUGGAAUGUGAUGAAUAAAAGAUGGUUCUGACCAAAUCUACACAACAUUGCUCCUUGACAUGUUCACGAUGCCAAGCGCAGUGAUCCACAAAGUAUCAAGGAUCAGGUUAGCAUCAUGCUGUAUCAGUAUUGUGUUCAUUUUAGUCUUGAUCUUAGGUAUAGGGUGGGUUGACAAAGAUAUCAAGCAGAACAAGAUUUUGACUUUGAGACAUAUAGUCGAGAAAUUUUACAGAAGGUGUCCUGCUGGUCUGGUCCAGUCGGUGUCUAGGUCUCAAUUAAUCAUUUGUAGUUAUUAGUGAUUUAGUCAAUGGGAUCAAUUAAAAGUCCACAUUCUAACUUGCUGAUGAUAAAACAGGUGUCAUUGUAACCAGUGUAAAUGAAAGCUUAAAAUAACAAAAAAUACUGAUCAAUAAAAAGCAAGGGCAAAACUGCGCCAAAUUAAUUCUAAUAAGGCUAGGUAUGUUGAUCUACUUGAUGAACGGUGAAAUGCUGGCCGACCCAGCUACACCCACUUCCCAUGACUGAAUUUUAAAAAAUUCAGUGGAUGUCCAAAGAGAUUUAGAGGCUCGUAUACACUACUUGAUUAAAUAUCAUGAACAGGUAUAGAAAAUAAUAAAGAAAAACCUGAAGGAUUAGUGGCCCUUGCAGAACUAGAAUACAAGGGAGUAGGAGCUAUGCUUCACUAUACAAUUGCUUAAUUAAACCACAUCUAGAGUAUUAUAAGCAGUACUGGCCUACACAAAGAUAUGUUGACCUUGAAGGAGUGCAGCUUAUGUUUGCCAGAAUUAUAGCAAAUUUCACAGGUUAAAUCAUAAGGACAGAUUACACACAUUUUAACCAGAAAAAAAACAAAGAACUGCAGAUGCUAGAAAUCAGAAACAAAAACAGAAAUUGCUGUAAAAACUUGGUAGGUCUGGCAGCAUUUGUGAACAGAAAGCAGAGAUGACAUUUUGGGUCCAGUGACCCCUUUUCAGAACACAAGAAGGGUCACUAAACCUGAAACAUUAACUCUGCUUUCUCUUCAUAAAUGCUGCCAGACCUGCUGAGUUUUUAACAGCAAUUUCCGUUUUUGAGACACAAACUAAAGUUACGUUUCCUGUGAUUUAGGAGUUCUAGAGGUAAAUGAUAUGUUUUCGAGACAUUAAAGAAAAUAAAUAGUCUAGAUUGAAUUUAUUUCUACUGAUUGGAGAAGCUAGGACUAGGAUGCAUAGUGUAAAAUUUAAAGACGUUCAGGAGUGAAAUUUGGGAACGUUUCUACGCACAUAGCAAUAGAAUUUUGGUACUCUUUUCCAUAGCAGGGACUGAUGCUUGAUCAAUUGUAAAUUUUAAUUUUGCAAUUGAUAGUCUUUAAGUCACUCAAAAGCUUUAAAGGAUAUGAAAAAUGGAGGAAUGUGGAGCCAAUCACAUGAUUCAAUUAUUUAGUUGAAUGGAAAUACAGUCUCAGGUGCAAAAUAGUUAUUCUUACAUUCCUGACCAGUGCUUCAUCAAAGUUAAAUUCUAAAUCAAAAUGUUGGGACCUCUUACAUAACACAGAUCAAAAAAUUCUGUCACCACCUCCUCCAAGUCAACCAGCAACAAGCAAUGACUGGUGGACUGGCCUCUAACACCAUAUCAUGAGAACAAAUAAAACAAUUCAUUUUUA